AUGCAGCCACGGAUGUAUUACGACGAUGCAGCCUGGGAGAAAAGCGAGGAGAUCGCCGAUUCCUGGGUACGCCAGUUCCUCGAUCCCGACAUCUUGAGACCGGUCGGGGGCUUUCUGGUGCGCCACCACGAUCCCGAUAACCCCGAUAAGUUUACCAUCCUAGAGAAGCGCGCCUUCAACAUCUCUGCGGAUGGAGUACGAAAACGGCAGUUCCGCCGUGAUUCGAUUUCCCCAACCCGGGACUGCCAUGCCCGCACUUCGAUCAGAGUCCCUUUUGUUCUCCACUGGGGCACAAAAAUGGGGAGUCCAAUGACUCUGAGCCCUUUCGUGACUAUGAAAUACAUUGACCACCACACCAACAUGUACGAUGCUCUCAACACGCCCGACUGUCCGGCAGCAGAUCGUGGAGUUCUCGACCCCAAUAUCAGUGAGAUGAAGCUGCAUGCACUCUACGGGGAGCUUGGGGGUAUCCUUCUUGAACUGGCUGCGCUUUCCAUGUCCCGGAUAGGGUGUUUGGAUCAGAAAGAUGACUUCACAUGGGAAACCACCCUGCGACCUCUGUCAAUGCCAAUGAUUGAACCCAUCCGACUGGGAUCUCUACCUCGAUCGAAAUUACCCUGCACAACAUUUGACUCGGCGUCCUCCUACUUUGAGGCCCUCUCACAGCUCCAUGUCUCCCACCUGGUCAACCAACGAAACGAUGCUGUUGCCUCGGCCGAUGACUGUCGGCGCAAGUUCGUUGCUGGGAGCCUGUUCCUAAAACUCGCUCGAUCGCACCGGCUUACGAGCAAAUGGUCGUCUUUUGAGACGGUCCAUUCAAGGCGUGGUCCCGAAUACUGGCCAAAAGGCCUGGGUGAUUGGUGUACUGAGUAUGAGCGGCGACUUCAAAGUUUUCCCGGCGCCCUGGUGCGUCGGGAAGACGACGCGAUCAAGCAAGGUCGGAUGAAAAGAUAUCAACGUCUCUCCGGUCCAAUGCGCCACAGUUGGGAGAGUGGGGAUUUAUGGGUUGCAUACGCGGCACGAAACAAUUUCACAUUUGACGCGAUCUACUGGGAAAAGAUCGAUCAGCGGUUCUUCGAAUCGAAUGAUUGCAACAUCGACGAAGUCUGGAGGCAGAGACUUGAGCUCCUGAGCGAUUCGGAAAAAGGUGAAAUGGAGGACCUUGUCAACCAAAAAACUAGAGAGAUAGAAACCAGAGCCUUAGAGUGGGACCCAGACGAGUAUACCUUGGGCCGUAUCAAUGUCGUGGAGGCAGCUUGGUGUUUAGGUGCCUGA